UACCUAAUUUUAGGCAGACCAGGCAGAGUUGCUCCCCUUUAAAAUAUAGAAUCACAACAAAUGUCACGUUUUGCUACCCCAAACUUUUCUCAUCUAACAGAAGAAGAUUUGAAACAUGUUUAUGAGCCAGCAGAAGAUUCGUUUUUACUCCUUGAUGCUAUAGAAAAUGAUUACGAGUAUCUUAGAAAACAAGAACCAAGUAUUUGUGUGGAAGUAGGGAGUGGAUCAGGUGUAUGUAUUACAUUCCUAGCUAGAGUACUUGGAGAGUCUGCAGUUUAUUGGUCAACAGAUAUUAACCCAGUGGCUGCUAGAGCAACCAAAAAGACAGCAGAAUGUAACAGUGUACAGGUGGAACCAGUCAUCACAGAUUUGGUCACAGGAUUGCUACCAAGGUUAUAUAAGAGUGUAGAUGUACUACUGUUUAACCCUCCCUAUGUUGUGACUCCCCCUGAAGAGGUUGGUAGUAACUCCAUAGAAGCAUCAUGGGCAGGUGGCACUGACGGCAGACAAGUGAUGGACAGAUUAUUUACUAAGGUCAAGGACAUCUUAUCACCAAAGGGAGUCUUCUAUCUGGUUAUAGUCAAAGAGAAUAACCAAGAUGAUAUAGAGAAGAUAAUGCUGAAUGAAGGCUUCAAAAUGGAAAACAUAAUUACAAGGAGAACUGGACCUGAGUUACUGUCGGUCUUAAAAUUCACUAGGUUAACUAGCUAGUGCAUUAUAACCAAAGUGGAAGGCUUGCCCUUAUGUGGUCAGAGUUAUGGUAGUGCAUUAUAUAAAUCCACAAAGAAGGGUCCCCAUAAUGUGAUCAGAAAUACAGUGGUGCAUUAUAAUCCAAGGGGAAGGCCUUGUGAACAUAGGGUCGGAGUAACAGAAAAGGGGAAUCUGCAUUACGGGAUCCAGAGUUAAAAAUUCAGUAAUUACGUACACUUCUCAUCAAGCUAUAAGUUCUAGCAAAUGAACCACUGGUGGUAGAGCAAAUUAAGUUCCUGUGGUAUAUAUGUACAAUAAACCAGUUCUGAGAAGGAAGACCUGCAUUUAAGAUCUAUGUUUAAAGACAGACUUGAUGGACAUCUCACUGGCAAGGAAAUCAGCUGUAAAAGAAGUAUUUCCAAAAGCUGUCGAAUAUAAACAGAAAUUGAUGCAGUUUAUCAAUUCACCGAACUGUUUUUCAAGGACAUAACAUUUAUAGAACUUAAAAGUUGAUUCUAUCUAUCAUGACUUUAAUAAGC